AUGGGAUGCCCUUCUUUGAGGCUAUUGUUUUCCUCACCCCCUUCUUUCUUCCGGGGAGAAGCCCAUCUGAGAGUGCCUCAACCAAGGCAACUUUCCGCUGCUGCUGUACUUCCGCCUGGAAGCUCUCUCAGGCUUCUUGCUUUCCCUAUUGAUGUUCACCUACAAUUCUUUCAGAACCUUCUUUCGGAGCCCAACUACGGUUACUACGAUGGAAGUUCAAUCCCUCGGGGCGGAAUUUGCUCUGACUUCCACCUACAGCGUAUCAUGAUCACAUUGUCAAUUAGUGGCGACUCUUUCGGUGGAGAGACUAGCUGUACCUACACCCGGGUCAAUAUGAGCAAUGCAGUUCAUCCAAGGAGAAAGGGAAUUAGAAUUAUAGAGCUUGCUGUAGUAAAGUUUUCUAGGACAGGGCUACUUGCUUGCCUGCUUCCUCGUAUUUCCACUCAGUCAGAGCCAAGCGAUGCUAGCUACGUUUUAGAGCAUCGAUCUUUGCUUAGGAAAAAUAAAACGUCUCAACACCUCUUCCCGCAACGGCCUAUUAUACUGACUUAUGACUAA